AGCGCAGGGCUGACAUUUUUGGCGCCGUGUCGCACGGCGCCCUGACGCCACCUCCGGCUGCCCCCGCGCCGUCACGGCCUCGAGGCAGCCCGCGCAGCCGGUCGACCGCGAAGGGAGCGCCCGUCGACCGCCGCGGCGCGACAAAAAGGCCCUUGGCCAAAAAUCAGGCGACAUGCACCGCCGCACGCCCUCCGACGACGAGAUGUUGAGUGGCGGCGGCCUCCACGCGCGGCACCCGAGCUGGAGCGGUCUCCCGACCGACUACGGCGUCGACCUCGAGGAGGCGUGCUGCCGGAACCGGGCGCGGAGCCACUCGCACGACGUCAGUCAUGAUCCUAGAUUAAGACGACGGCGCCAGGUCGCGGCCCUCGCUCUGGCCUUAUUCGGCUUCGCGGGCCUGACCGCCACGCGCAUGGAACGACGGCCAGAGCCGAUGCGACGACGACUGCGACGGGAAGACGACGUCCGCAACCCCUUCGCCGACGACCACCAGACCGACGACGCUCCCGCAGAGGAGGAGCCGCCGACGGGCUACGAGUCCCUGCUCCACGCCGACUUCGGGCCCGACCACAACGCGACGGGCAGCCCGAAGCCGCGGAGCAAAGCGCAGCGCCAGCGCGACGAGCGCAAGCGCGCCGCCGCCGAGAAGCGGCGGUUGCUGGAGAUCACCGAGGCCUUCGAGCAGCGCCGCAAAGAUAGGUUGGAGCAGCGCACGCGCGCGAAAGCCGAAAAGGCCGCGCGCUUCGGGCGCGAGGUCGUCCAUUCGGGAACAAGUGUUUAAACUAACGUAUGUGUUAUUCUAUAUUCUCUCCCAGACAUAUGUG